GAACUGAAGGCCAUGCAGAAGUUUUUUGGUCUGGAGGUCACGGGUAAGCUGGACUCGAACACUCUUGAGACGAUGAAGCAGCCACGCUGUGGAGUCACUGAUGUGGCCAGAUAUGAACACUUCCAGGGGAGGCCCAGGUGGAAGCAGAGCAUUGUAACAUACAGAAUAACUGAAUAUACAUCAAAGCUGAGCAAGAGAGAGGUGGACGCCACCAUCUCUAAUGCUUUCCAGCUCUACAGUGAUGUUAUUCCACUUGACUUCAAACAGAUCUACAGCGGCACAGCUGAUAUCAUGAUUCUCUUCAAAGCAGGAUAUCAUGGAGAUUUUUACCCAUUUGAUGGGCCUAAUGGGGUUCUGGCCCAUGCCAACGCACCCGGUCCAGAGCAGGGAGGAGACACACACUUUGAUGAGGAUGAGAGGUGGACCUUAAGUUCACGAGAUAUAAACCUGCUUUUGGUGGCUGCUCAUGAAUUCGGACAUGCACUGGGACUAGAGCACUCCAAUGACCCUUUGGCUCUCAUGUAUCCAACUUACCAAUACAUCAACACGGAUGGCUAUACACUUCCCCGUGAUGACCGACUUGGGGUCCAGGCCCUGUAUGGAGUUAGAACAUCAACAAAUAAACCUGAACCAAAACCAAAUCCUGGACCGAGCCCACCAGAACCAUGUAAACGUGACUUGGUGUUUGAUGCAGUGACCAGCAUCCGUGGAGAACUGUACUUCUUUAAAAAUGGAUAUUACUGGAAGAAGGGCUACUAUAGUGGACUUUCAAUGCAUGAAAUAAAAUCUACCUGGCCAUCCAUUGACUCUGUUGAUGCUGGUUAUGAGUUCAGUGGCAGAGACAUUAGUUUCCUCUUCAAAGGUCAGCAGUACUGGGCAGUAAAAGGCAGAACUACUUUACCUGGAUAUCCCAAACCCAUAACCAAAUUCGGGUUUCCCACAUACGUGAGAAAGAUUGAUGCAGCUGUAUAUGUAAAAUCAACUGGGCGCACUUUGUUUUUUGUUGGAACCAAAUACUGGAGCUUCAAUGAAAGAACAGCUCAAAUGGACAGAGGCUUUCCUAAAACUAUUCAACAUAAUUUCCCUGGCAUUGGGUCACGGGUGGACGCUGCUUUUGAAAAUGAUGGUUAUCUGUAUUUCUCAGAGGGUUCAAGGCAAACGGAGUAUAAAAUAACUGAAUAUACAUCAAAGCUGAGCAAGAGAGAGGUGGACGCCACCAUCUCUAAUGCUUUCCAGCUCUACAGUGAUGUUAUUCCACUUGACUUCAAACAGAUCUACAGCGGCACAGCUGAUAUCAUGAUUCUCUUCAAAGCAGGAUAUCAUGGAGAUUUUUACCCAUUUGAUGGGCCUAAUGGGGUUCUGGCCCAUGCCAACGCACCCGGUCCAGAGCAGGGAGGAGACACACACUUUGAUGAGGAUGAGAGGUGGACCUUAAGUUCACGAGAUAUAAACCUGCUUUUGGUGGCUGCUCAUGAAUUCGGACAUGCACUGGGACUAGAGCACUCCAAUGACCCUUUGGCUCUCAUGUAUCCAACUUACCAAUACAUCAACACGGAUGGCUAUACACUUCCCCGUGAUGACCGACUUGGGGUCCAGGCCCUGUAUGGAGUUAGAACAUCAACAAAUAAACCUGAACCAAAACCAAAUCCUGGACCGAGCCCACCAGAACCAUGUAAACGUGACUUGGUGUUUGAUGCAGUGACCAGCAUCCGUGGAGAACUGUACUUCUUUAAAAAUGGAUAUUACUGGAAGAAGGGCUACUAUAGUGGACUUUCAAUGCAUGAAAUAAAAUCUACCUGGCCAUCCAUUGACUCUGUUGAUGCUGGUUAUGAGUUCAGUGGCAGAGACAUUAGUUUCCUCUUCAAAGGUCAGCAGUACUGGGCAGUAAAAGGCAGAACUACUUUACCUGGAUAUCCCAAACCCAUAACCAAAUUCGGGUUUCCCACAUACGUGAGAAAGAUUGAUGCAGCUGUAUAUGUAAAAUCAACUGGGCGCACUUUGUUUUUUGUUGGAACCAAAUACUGGAGCUUCAAUGAAAGAACAGCUCAAAUGGACAGAGGCUUUCCUAAAACUAUUCAACAUAAUUUCCCUGGCAUUGGGUCACGGGUGGACGCUGCUUUUGAAAAUGAUGGUUAUCUGUAUUUCUCAGAGGGUUCAAGGCAAACGGAGUAUAAUUUCAUCUUAAGACGAGUGAAUCGUGUUCUGUUGAACUAUGGAUGGCUGGACUGCUACUAA